AUGCCCAAAGGGAAUCACCGAGCUUGUAUCAGGCCAGAGUUCUCCUACGAGCACAUCAUCCAGGAGUAUGGGUCUGUCCUAGAUACCCAGUUCGAGUAUAAGGAGGAUCCCAUCGGCUUCGAAACACCAAGAUGGGUUUCAAAUAAAGCCACUCUUGAAUUCAACAUGAUUACUCUUCUCGAGUGGUAUCUCCGAUAUGCCUUCAGAGCAACUUUCAAGCAUCUCGCCCCAGAGCUUUCCGAAAGAGGCCUUCUUCCUAUCUCCUUUGGAAUGGGAUACCACGCAGAUCCAAUCAAGACAUACAGCGCAGACAUCGCCUUUACGGCCAUCCCUGUGCAUGCAGAUAUUAUAGGACACGGGAAGGGUCUCAACAGAUUACUAGGUGGCCUCAAAUGCUCAUGGAAGUGGAAGUCAGCAUAG